AUGCCUUUUGGGUUUAAGAAUGCAUGUGCAACUUAUCAGAGGUUAAUUAAAAAGAUGUUCAACGAGCAUAUUGGUCGCAGUGUUGAAGCCUAUGUAGAUGACAUGUUAGUGAAGAGUUCUACUCUAAAGGUGCAUAUCAAGGAUUUGUCUGAAGCUUUUGUUGUUCUGCAAACUUAUAAUAUGAAGUUAAAUCCAGGGAAGUGUUCUUUUGGUGUGAGAGCUAGGAAAUUCUUAGGCUCCAUUGUUUCAAAUAAAGGUACAAAGGCGAACCCUGAGAAAAUUUGGGACUUUCUAGAUAUGCCUCCCCCGAAAACCAUCAAAGACAUUCAGCGCCUCACAUGGAGGGUGGUUGCACUCAACAGCAAGGUGUUGCAGAACGGCGAAAAAAGGUACUCAAAGAUAGAAAAGCUCAUUUUUGCUUUAAUAGUGGCAGUUCGCAAGUUGCAACCCUACUUUCAAGCUCAUCUCAUGACUGUUAUAACAAAGCAACCAAUCAAAGACAUAUUCUCUAGAGUAGAUACUUCAGCGAAGACAGAACUAGGGGCAGGCAUUUUCCUUAUAGACCCUGAUGAGAAUGAGUGGCAGUAUAAACUAUUCUUCAACUUCCAAGCAUCUAAUAGCACUGCAGAGUAUAAGGCAUUAGUUUCAGGACUACAAUUGGCUCUACAGUUAGGGGUAAAGGAAUUGGUAAUACAAACUGAUUCUCAAUUGGUAGAGAAGUAA